AUGGCUGCCACUUCAGGAAACCAGCAAAUCAGCAAACUGACCACUGAUGGUGGUCGUGCUGCUUCCUUGGAGGCUGGGGCCCCAGUGGAGGACGAGGCUCUCCCCAGAUCCCGUCCCCGCCUUGGCAAGAGACGCUCUCCUGGUCUGCAUUCUGACUCUUUGGAACAGAGCUUAAGGAUCACUGUUGGCAAUGACCACUUCUGUGUUAGCACGCCAGAACGGCGACGGCUUAGUGAUCGGCUGGGGUCACCAGUGGAUAAUCUGGAGGACAUGGACAGGGAUGACCUGACAGAUGAUUCUGUCUUCACUCGAAGCUCCCAAUGCUCUCGGGGUCUUGAGCGAUAUAUUUCUCGGGAGGAGGGACCUCUCAGUCCCUUCUUGGGACAACUUGAUGAGGACUACCGAACAAGAGAAACUUUCCUGCAUCGGUCUGAUUAUAGUUCCCAUGUCAGUUGUCAUGAUGAGCUGUCACGGGGAACAGAACGGAAUAGAGACAAACUCAAAGGCUCCUACUCUAUGCGAUCUGAGGAAAGGAGCCGGGAGGCCAAAAGGCCCCGUUAUGAUGACACAGAGAAGAUACACAGCAUGGGAGGCGAUCAUCCAGGUUUUACAUCAGGGACUCGUAACUAUCGACAGCGUAGACGAAGCCCAAGCCCUAGGUUUCUAGAUCCUGAGUUUCGAGAGCUAGACCUUGCCAGGCGAAAGAGAGAGGAAGAGGAGGAACGAAAUCGGAGUUUGAGUCAGGAGCUGGUGGGAGUUGACAGUGGUGGCGCUAGCUGUUCCAUUCCUGGAUUAUCAGGUGUCCUAACAGCAUCGGAGCCAGGAUUUUCUUUGCAUCGGCCUGAGGAAGGAUCUGUGAUGCCCAAGAAGUCCAUUCUGAAGAAGCGGAUUGAGGUGGACGUUGAGCCUUCCAUACAGCUUGAGAGUUUUUCCAGCAAUACCGCCUCCAGCCAGGAUCAUCCUCUCUACUCUGGACACCCAUCUCUUCCACUAACUGGUGCUAUUGCUGCUUUUGCCUCAGAGAUUGAAAACAAGGGGACAAUGUUAGAUACUGCCCUGAAGGAACCUCAAGGCAACCUCUACCAAUGGGGUCCCUUUCCUGGGAUGCCCAAAGACAGUAGUCCUCUCAGAGAAAACUUUGGAAGUUUUCUGUGCCGCAAAGAAAAAUUGGAUUUGAAAGGUGAGGGAUCUCAGCGACACACAGACUUCUUGUUGCCCCAUGAGAGAGCUAGCCAGGAUGGCAGUGGUUUUUCCCGCAUUCUGAGUAUGUUGGCUGGUUCUACCAGUACACAGGAAAAGAGGCGACGUAGCUUCCCUGACAUUGAGGAUGAGGAGAAAUUUCUCUAUGGGGAUGAAGAAGAGGAUUUAAAGGCAGAAUCUCUACCAAAGCCCCUUGGGGGCUCUGAGGGUGAAGAUAUGAGGCAGAAGACAAGCUCCCUACCCUCUUCAGCUUCAACUGUAAAACUAGAAUCACUAGAAGAGACCAAUCCAGAAUAUGCCAAGAUUCACGACUUGCUCAAGACUAUAGGGCUCGAUAUUGGAGUAGCAGAGAUUAGUAAACUGGCUGCACGCACCCAGGAACGACUUCAUGGCAAGAAGCCAUCAUCGCGCUCCUCAGCUGACCGCCGUUCCUCAGUUGACCGGCACUUUUCAGCUGAUCGCUGUUCUUCAGUUGACCACCGUUUCUCAGCUGAUCGGCGCUCCUCAGAUCCGCACAGACUGGAGAGCAGGGAGGCACCCCAUAGCAAUACCCACUCCCCAGAAGUGUCGCAUCCACACGCAGCCUCCCCUGUGGAUCCUUACCUGCUCACAAAAAACAGCCCUCCAUUCCUUAAGUCUGACCAUCCAAUGGGUCAUAUUUCAGGACCAGAGGUUGUUGGCAGUGGGUUUCAGUCUUCUGUUGCAGUCAGGUGCAUGUUGCCAUCAACACCAUCUACCCCAAUCCGACUUUCACACACUGCUUCUUUAUCUCAGUUUCAUAUGCCAAGGACCUCUCAGUUUGCUGCAGCUAGGAUACCUCCAAACUACCAGGGACCUGCCAUUCCCCCUGCCUCCUUUGAUGCCUAUAGGCACUACAUGGCAUAUGCAGCCUCAAGAUGGCCCAUGUACCCUGCUUCUCAACCAUCAAACCACCCUCUACCUGAACCACACAGGAUAAUGCCAGUUACCAAACAAGCUACUCGUAGCCGUCCUAAUCUCCGUGUGAUCCCCACUGUGACUCCUGAUGAACCCAAGCAGGAGGAGUCAGUGCUAGGCUCAAUUCCUGCGGUCCAAGUGCCUGUCCGGGUGUCCAUCCCAUCACUCAUAAGAUAUAAUCCAGAGAAGAUCUCUGAUGAGAAGAACCGUGCUUCCCAGAAGCAGAAGGUUAUUGAAGAGAGGGAAAAACUAAAGAGUGACCGGGAAGCCCGCCAGAAGAAGAUGUACUAUCUCAGGACUGAGUUAGAGCGGCUUCAUAAACAGCAAGGGGAAAUGCUGCGCAAGAAACGAAGGGAGAAGGAUGGCCACAAAGACCCACUCCUGGUGGAGGUGAGUCGGCUUCAGGAUAACAUUAUGAAGGACAUUGCAGAGCUACGACAAGAGGCAGAAGAGGCAGAAAAGAAGCAAUCUGAACUGGACAAAGUGGCUCAGAUCUUGGGAAUUAACAUCUUUGAUAAAUCCCUGAAGUCUUCAAAUGAUAGUAAAGAGCCUACAGAGAAGCCUGGGAAAGCAGAAAAAUCUAAGAGCCCAGAAAAAGUGUUAUCAUCCUCAAACUCCUCCAACAAUAAGGAAUCAAAGCUGAAUAAUGAGAAGUCCCGUACUAAGAGCCCCAAGCCUGCUGAAAGCCUCCAGCCAGCUGCUAAGCAGCCUGAUCAGCCCAUUGCUGCCUAUGAGUAUUAUGAUGCUGGUAAUCACUGGUGCAAAGACUGCAACACCAUCUGUGGGACCAUGUUUGACUUCUUCACCCAUAUGCACAAUAAGAAGCACGCACAGACACUGGAUCCCUACAACAGACCUUGGGCUUCAAAGACCCAGAGUGAGGCCAAGCACGAUGUUAUAAAGCGCACUGACAAGAUAACUGUUCCUGCAAAAGGAUCUGAGUUUCUGAUUCCCAUCACUGGGUUUUACUGCCAGCUCUGUGAGGAAUUUUUGGGGGAUCCAAUUUCUGGAGAGCAACAUGUGAAGGGUCACCAACACAAUGAGAAAUACAAGAAAUAUGUGGAUGAAAACCCAUUGUAUGAGGAGCGGCGGAAUCUGGACCGCCAAGCUGGCUUGGCUGUGGUCCUAGAGACAGAACGGCGACGGCAGAGUGAACUAAAGCGCAAACUUAGUGAGAAACCAAAGGAGGAGAAGAAAGAAAAAAAGGCAAAGGUUGUGAAAGAAGUAAAGGAAGAUGACACGGUCUCUGAAGAAUUAGAGGAUCAAAUCUCUGAGAGUAGGAACUCUCCUGAAAAAGCUGAAAAUAAAAGGAAUGCUAGCAUCAAACUCCAAUUAAAAGAAGAGGUAAAGAAGGAAUCACCAACAUCAUCUUUUGGGAAAUUCAGCUGGAAGAAGCCAGAAAAAGAAGAGGAAAAAAGUUCAGUAGUGGCCCCAAGUAUCCCAAAGGAAGAGAUUGUGGAAAGCAGUAAGGACAAAGAAGAUGGCAAAGCUGAAGCUGGGAAGGCAAAGCCCAUCAAAAUCAAGCUCUCUGGGAAAACUGUUGUUGCACAUACCAGCCCUUGGAUGCCUGUUGUGACAACUUCAACACAGACUAAGAUCCGACCCAACCUGCCUAUCCCAUCCACAGUACUCCGCAAGUCAGGGUCAGCCACAGUGAGCAAGCCAGCUCCUCUUAACACUUUUCUAUCCAUCAAGUCCUCUGGAACCACUGCUAAACCUCUGCCAGUGGUUAAAGAGUCUUCAACUGAUCUCCUCUUGCCUCCAGACAUCAUCUCCAAAGCAUUUGGAGGGGAAGAGGUGAUUCUAAAAGGGUCCCCAGAUGAAAAAAUGGUGCUGGCUGAAAAGAACGAGCCAUCCCAUAUACCUGAGCAAAUGCUACCACCACCUCCUCCACCACCCCCACCACCUCCUCCACCACCCCCAGUUAUACCUCAUCCAGCUACCCCGUCUCCUGCUCAAGCAAAUGCUGUCUUGGCUCCAGUAGAGUCAAACCCUGUUGUAUCUCAUACUCUCAGCCCUGGCUUCCUAGGUCCUAACAUUUUGAACCCAGGAUUGCCUGUAGCCAUCAUGGCCUCAGCACAGCCAGCUACCAUUCCUUCUGAUGAGACAGCUCCUGGGGUGAGUGAGUGUGACCGGGACGAGACCCUGUUCUCUGUGUUAGUACGUCCUCCACCUCCCCUGUCUAGUGUGUUCAGUGAACAAGCCAAAAAAUUGGAGAAGCGAAAUUCAUGCUUAGCCACAGCCAAUGCUAAGGACCUGUAUGACAUAUUCUACAGUAGCGGUGGAAAGGGGGCUUCUGAGACUAAGCUGAGUAGUGGUCCAUUGGCAAAUGGAGAAAAUAGCAACCUCUCUAGGACCGAAAGUUCAGACACCUCUUCCACUUCUGCUUUGAAGAGCAGUGCGUCCCAAGAGGAUUUGCCUCAAGAUAGUGGUUUGGUCACUGCUUCUAUAGUCAACAACCCUGAAAAGUCUGUUGCAAAAACUCUGAUGUCCAUAGGAAAAUGGUCAGUUGUAGAGCAUGUAGACCCAAAAAGAGGCAGCAGCUAUGGCUUCCUACAGCCUCUGACAAGGUUGUGCCAAAACAGGCCUUAUGAAACUGUUACCCCAAAGACAGACACUUUAUCCAUGUGGACUUCCAGCUCCUUCCAGAGUGAUGCUAAUAAGGAUAUAUCUCCAGAAGGAAAAAUAGAACUUGACCUGGAAGAGCCAGGGCCACCUGUUGUAGAACCAGCUCCUCAGCUGUCAGAUACACAUUGUUACACCAAGGAAGCUCAGAAGUUGGUAGAAAUCCACCUCAUAGAAUCUGGUAACCAGGAUAAGGAAAGUCAGGAACUCCACCAAUCUGAGGAUUGUGGAGGAAGUGAUGUGGAUACAAACACUCAGCUAAAAGGAAGGGUAGCAAAGCUCUCUGAAAGGAUGGUUGAAGAGGGAGCAGGUAUCAACAUUGGGCCCCACAGCAUAGAAGAUUCUAAUCUGAAUCAUGGGAACAGAUAUAUGUGGGAGGGAGAAAUAGAACAGCCUAAUUUGCUAAUAAUUGACAAAGAGGCUGAACAGUCUAAGAAACUAGUGACAGGAAGUGAAACUCCAAGUAAAGUAGUGGUUGAAUUGAGUGCACAGGCUUCCUCUUCCACAGAGGGAAAGAUAGACUCAUUUUCAUCAGAAGCUAGGUCUUUACUCCAGAACCCACAUGAUGUACCUGUGAAAAUAUCUACGCCAGAAUUGCUUCUUCAGCCCCCAACCAGAUCAGAUACAUGUUUAACAGAUAGUCCACAGGAGCAAGGAGUUUCAGCAGGUAGUGAGGAGUGGCUAGAAAAUUCAGUCGCAGAAUCAGCUUCUAGAACUUCUAGGUACAGAAGCCUCAAACUCAAGAGAGAAAGAUCAAAAGACUUUCAAGGUAAAAUGAUCUGUGAGCUGGCUAUUUGGGAUGAGACCAAGAAGAGGCCAGAGACCUGGGAGAGCCCAGAGAAACCAGAAGUGGAAGCCCUGGACCUACGAGAUGUCCAUCCACAAUUAACAGUGACAAUAGAAAGCAAGACCUUAGAAGACUUUGAAGCUACAGACUUAAAGGUAGAGGAGCUUGCUUCCCUGGGGAAUCUGGGAGAUAUGCAUGUUGAUUUCUGCAAUACUUGGGUAGACCCAGCACAUAGAUCUCCAGCUGCCCUGUCUCAGAAAGCGUGUGAAGAAAAUUCUGUAUCACCUAUAGGGUGCAAUCCCUCCACUCCCAGUGACUUUGAACCAAUCCCAUCUUUUUCUGGGUUUCCGUUAGAUUCUCCCCAAACCUUGGUGCUUAACUUUGAGAUGGAGGGUGAACAAAUCUCAUCUAAUUCCAAAAGUGGGAAGAUCACUUCUAACAUUUUGAAAACUGGACUUCCUGUAGAAAAUGUUGACCAUGGCUUGGGGGGCUUAGAGGGAACACACCAGGCCCUUGACCUAUUAGCAGGAGGAAGGAUGCCUGAGGAAGUAGAAGAAACUUCCCAAUUAGAAAAACAAGAGUCACUCAGAUUGGAGUCAGAAGCAAUUAAUCCUACAUGCCUUGGUCCAUCUCCUUGCCUUCCAGACCUUGUUGACUUUGUCACACGAACAUCUGGAGUUGAAAAAGAGAAUUUAUGUUCUCCAUUUUCUGAGCCAGGUGAUACUCCUAAGUGCAGUUCCCUGGAAAUGGGACCACCACAGCUAGAAAUACCGAAUGCAUCCGUCACAGAGGCAGCAGUUCUUCAAGUAGAUGAAGACAAUGACAGCCCUUUUAAUUUGGUAAAAACUCUAGCUUCACGGUCAUCUCCAAGAGAGCAGAUAAUUGGAGGCAAUAUGGUUCCCCCAGAAAUGCCUGAACAAGAAGCUGCUGUUGAUACCAUCCAGGACCACACAGAAUCCAGUGUUUACAACUAAGCAUAUACACCCAGAGCUACUUGUGGAUGAGUCAACUUGGCUUCUAGAAAUCAGAUGCCUGUAUAAUUCAGGACUAGUUGGCUGUCUCAUCUGGAACCUACACCAAGAGAUGCAGUCAGCAUCUAACAGUAAAUGUUCAUGGAAGCUUAAAAAUUUACCUCCUUUUUUUCCUUUUCCCUUAAGAUUCCAGACAAAUCAAUCAUAACUACUUCUAUACAUAACUGUAAAAUAUUUUGUUAAUUUUUUUUUUUUUUGCCAAUUUAUUUUCUUCUACUUUGUCAUUAAAAUCAAAUGUCUAUCUGGCUCACCACUUAGUGUGCUUUGAUUGUAUUUUGGCUUUGACUCUGCCAUUUCUGGAAUGUGGGAAGGAGGGGGACAGAGAUAACUUCUCCAACUGCUGUGUUGUAUUCCUACCCAAUUUCCUGGGCAGCUGAUGGAUCUGUGGGGAAAACACCAGAAGGCUUGCUGAAGUGGAAAACUUGAAGGAAGAAUUGCAUCUCUUAGGCUUCUAUUUGGAUGGGCCUGCCUUAACAUUAUUUGAAAUGCAGUGUGAGUAGCUCUUUUGUUUACUGUUUACUUCCCUUGUUGACAUGUCAACUCCUGUACUUCCCUUACUCUCUUGCCUUUGCUUGAGAUGGUACUGCUAACAAACCUGAUUGGAAGUGGCCUAAGUAAACAUGGAAGAAAAUCUGGCAGGCUCACUUUUGGAAGACGACAAAUCGGUAAGGCUUAUUCGUGGCUCAAUGCCAGGAGCAGAUAUGCUUUUGGGGUCACUUAUUUUUGAAAUGGACUUUGUUCAUUGUAUUGUGAUCCAGUAACACUUUGUAUUCAAUUGUAUUAAAUUACUUAGCAGCCAUUUCUGUUCUGAAGAGGUAGAAGAUCUGAAACUUGGGAUCGAGCUCAUUCUCUGUUCCACAAACCCAUAUGUAUCCCUUCCUCUACCUCCUUUCCAGGUUAUUUCCACCAUAGUGUGAUGUUCUGGGCUGUACAUUUUGUUAAAAAGAUUAAAGAAUUUAUGAGUUGGCUUGGAUAAGUUUAACUUUAUUUUUAAUGUGUUAAUUACUUGGAAUAAAUGCAUUAGUCUCA